AUGACUGACUCUAAUGUUAUUGAUCUUGCCACUAAUAUUCAGUGGGAUAAGGCCACAUUUGCUAACAUUGUUGGAAAAGGUUAUGAAAAUGUUCAAAAUCCUGAUGAUUUGAUAUUCCACAGUACAAAAAUUGCUGGACCUGAUGGGUUCACAGCUGGCUUCUAUAAAAAGGCCUGGUUGAUUAUAAAGGGAGAUCUUAUUGCAACAGUCCAAAGUAUCUCAAUGAAACUAUUAAAGUGGACACCUGAUUUUGACCCUAGUAAAGAAUUGUCAAUUGUCCCCAUUUGGUUUAAGUUACCUGGACUUCAGCUCCACUUCUUCAACCAUAAAGUUCUUUUCAACAUUGGCAAAGCCUUGGGAAGACCUUUGAAGUUGGAUGCCCCCACCUUCAAUUUAUCCAGACCCUCAGUAGCUAGAAUCCUGAUUGAAAGAAACAUUACCUUACCAGCUGUGGAGGAAAUUUGGUUAGGUACUGAGCACAGUGGCUAUUGGCGGAAAAUCAUAGCUGAACAAAGUCCUUAUUAUUGUCAUCACUGCAAAAUGUUUGGCCAUACUGAUGAGAAGUGCUUUAGACUUCAUCCCAAUCUCAGAAGAAAGCUACCCAGACCUAAUUCUGAGGGAUUAGAGGCACAAGGAAAUGAGAUGCCAACUGUUGAUAGAAUUGCAGCCUAG